CUCACCCUUCUACUUCCUUUCUUUACUACUCUCCAUCAUUUCUUAAUCUACCAUCUUUAUCUCUCUCUUUUUUUUUCUCUUUACUCUUCUUUGAUACCCUAUUUUUGCCAUAUCAAUCCAAUAUCUCCCUAUAAAUAUCACUUUAUUUCUACAUUUCGUUUAACUAUGGAGCAGACACAAAACCAUGAUUAUCAUCACGGCAGUCAAAAUGACAAUCAACGACAAUACCAUCACCGUCAUCGAGCACCACCAUCACCAGUCACCAUCAACCCUUCUCGUAGAGCCACUGCCCCACCCAAUAUCAAAAAACCUGUCCCAAACUGGCAUUUAUUGGUGCGACCACCAAUGUCAGACGCCAACCCACGGAAAUCUGGUCUCGAAAGAGCUAUGGAUGAAGAUUUAAAAGAACUUCGGGUCUGUAUGGAUUUGUUUUUAAAUUCCAAAAUGAAUGAGGCAGAAGCCUUGUUGCGAGGACGUCAUAAACCUGAAUCCAUGUAUUAUCAAUUCGGCAAAGCUCUUGUGGAUGCACUGAAGGCGAUCUUGACAUUCCAUCCAGAUGAUAUUGAAAAGGCGAUGAAGAGUUUUGAUUUGACACUAAAAGUGACGAACGCGCAACGUAAGACAAGCUCCAUCAUAGGGGUCUCGACUGUGAAAGCGUUGGGCAGUUGGGUGAUUGGAACAGUGGGGGCCUCAAGUUUCAGGGGCAUGACCAGGAUCGAGAAGCAUGCGGAGCUAGUGUAUGCUGAGGCAACCGUAUUGCGUGCGGGGUUCAGCGUCCUAUACCAUCAGGAUUUCUGGUCUCUAAUAGAAGAGAGCGUCUCACUCCGAUCAGCUUUUGCUGUCUUCAAUGGUCUUAAAUCUCAUUUCGACAAUGUGGAGCAGGAACUGAAGGUUGGAGGUGAUAUCUCUGAGUAUCAUCUGGAUGAGCAUCUAGUGACUGGACUCAUAUUUGCAGCGUCGCUCUUCAACAUUGUGAUCUCGUUCUUACCUGAUAUCAUAAUCAAGCUACUUCAAUUCGUGGGUUUCCCCUCAGAUCGAGAUUGGGGACUUGCUUUACUCAAUACAGCAGGACAAUGGGAUCCUUACAACGUGAAGGUGAAUGAAUCAGAGAUGGAGCUUCAGGAACGAGUGUCGUCUCCGACAAACGAUGGGAUGAGACGACAGCUCUGUGAUUUAGCGCCGAUAGUGAUUCAUCUUAUUGCAGCCUCGUUCCUGCCCUUUCGACAUGUCGACUAUUCGUUUGCAGAGCAGAUCAAUAACUAUAACCUACACAAGUACCCCGAAUCCAUGGUUUUCCUAUUCUUGAAAGCGAGACAUGCGCAAGUCAACACGCGACUAAGUGACGCGAUUAAGAUCCAUGAAUCCGCGCAAGAAAAGGUGCAAAAGGAAUGGAGGAACUUGACCCAUGCAUCGACAUUUGAGCAGCUGAUGUGUGCUAUGAUGGAAAGUAAUCAUGACCUAGCAUGUACGACAAGCCGUAUUCUUUUAAGAGAGAGUAACUGGACAAAGACAAUCUUUCGAUACUUGGCUGCAAUCACGACUAUGCGUCGUGGACUGCCCAAAGAAGCCAAGAGGGUUCCAGAGCUGAUGAAGAAGGUUGAGCCAGGGAUGCAGAAGUUUUGUGGUAUCGAGGUUUUCCCAGAGACCUACUGCGCAAGGAAGGCAAACCGAUAUUUGAAUGAAGGCCAACGUCUCCUUUUGCCAGACUAUGACUUCUUAGUGCUCUGGAAUGGUUUUGAUAUGAUGCCGCUCAAGUCUUUAAGAGUUGCAUUGUCCAAUAUCAUGGUGGAAGUUCAACGGAUCCAUUCUCUGACAAAAGCGGACAAAGUCCGUGACUAUGAUCAUUAUUACGACGACUAUUGUAUCGCGCAUUACUUGUUGGGGCUGGUAGCCAAGAAUAUCGCAUUUUUCCCUGAAGAGGCGUUUGACCAAGAUAUGUGCUCUCUGGCAACUCGGUCUUUUAAGACCGUCUUUCGAUACGCGCCUUAUAUCAAAGAUGAUACGUAUGCAUACUAUUUUUCACACUACAACAUGGGUUUGAUUAUGAUGAACCAGGGCCGAUUAGACCAGGCAGAAGAGAAAUUCAAAUAUUUGCUCAGCACAAUCAAUCCUACGCUGUUGUCACUGCCUGCAUUGAUCGCCGGUAAAGGGCGGAACUCACUGGAGGCCCUGAUCCUCGCGAAAGCACAUGCUGCCAUGUUUUUACUCAACGAGGACCGAGCCAACGCCGCUGCUGCUGCUGCUGCCGCUAAAAAGAGCCAAGCAGCUAAAAACCAAAGCAAGACAAUACUCACACGAAGAGAAGGAAGACAAGGAAAUGAAGUGAGGGUACAGAAAUCUGUAGGGUUCUCUGAUUCUACUUUUUCUUCUUCUUCAAUGUCAUCAUCUUCUUCCUUGUCUUCAACCUCCAGUUUGAACAAACCGAACGUGAUCCUGAAUGGAUUAUAUGCGGUGUCACUUUCGGACCAUUCAGCUGAUUCUGCUUCUUCUGAACGAGCUUCAUAUACUUCAGGCUUAAGCGAUGCGAGGUUAUUACACCACUAA